GAAAGUCUCCUUACUUUCAUAAUGGGAGUUUGCCAUUCUAAAAAAACGCAAUAAAAUACUUACUUAUAAUAAGAUCUUACUAUUAGUAACUAAUAAUCUCUACCUCCUAUAAUUAUCAGGUUAGACAACAAUAAGAUAUUAGAAAAAUCACCAGAAAAUGAUUCAUAAUAAAGUGAAGUCGAUUUAUUAGCAACUGAUGAACUUCUUAAUAAUCCAUAAUAAGCAGCAAUUGAUUAAUAACAUAGAGACCAAGUGUUGAGACAUGUACAUGCUUAGCAACAUAAAUAGGACAAUUUAAAACGAUAUGUAGUUGUCUUUGAUAAAUUGUAUAAUCAAUAACGAAAAGUUCCAAUUUUGUUUUCUCUCGAAGAAAGUACUCUCUUUAAGAGAAGAAAAUCAGGUCCUCGUAAUUGA